AUGCCAGACGUCUUGCACAGUGGCAUGCGGGUCCCACUAACCACGUCCACCCCCGUGGUUGAGCCCGAGCUGCCCCCCGCUCGACGUCGAAACUCAACCGUCGGAUCCGAUCGCUUCUCGGACUCGGAGUCGCUUCUCGCUUCUCGGACUCCAGCCUGCGUGGUUGGCCGUGUUUUCUGGCGAAAGGAUCGGACGGAUACAGGAUUUCGGAAGAGCAUGGAGGUCGAGGUUGCACUCCUUCUGUCGUUCGUUCUCUCUGAGACUCUGGAGCUCGUGCCCCGAGUCUCGAGAGAAGCCUUCGGCUUUCGGGCGGGCCUGAAUUAUGAUCGCAGGCUUUGA